ACCCGGAAAGCUAACAUACACUCUCUAACCCUACUACCGAGUACGAUCUACGAAAAAGUUUCAACUUAAAACAUUUUCCAAAAGAAAAAAAAUUUAAAAGACAUUUACGAAUACAAAAAGUGCUAAGUUCGUUGAUAAUGAAGAGCAAGCUGGGAAUCGACUUUGCGUCAAGUGAUCAGUUCGUCGAGCUGGGGAUGAACACCGUCGGGGAAACAGCCAAAACGACAACGCGACGGGAGUCCGUGGCGCCGAAGAUUGUGGUGUGUCCACCAGUGGAAGAACCGUCUGAACAAGUGACAACAACUCGCGGGACACGGUUGUUGAAGGCGCUAAGUAAACGCCUCUCCCGAAGAUCUGCGGACGCUGACUCUCUGGGCAGUUCGAGCAGCAACGACAGCAUGUCCUGCGAAACCGCGCGAACGGACGGCCGCUCCUCGAGCUCUUCGAGCGACUCCGGCAGCGACAAUUCGGAACGCCAACGCCGCCACCGUUCGACAGUAUCCUUACGGCGGGUUUUCCAAAACCUCAACCUAACCAGCCGCUCGCAGUCCUGCUCACCAAUAGAACGUCACCGACAACCCAAAAAGCAAUCACAACCAAAACGCAUUCUCCGACCUCCAGUCACCUACACAUACGUCAGAGGAUUGUCCGGCUUACCCACCCAAAGAGUGCCCCGACACACAGUAGGCCUAAACCGGUAGAUAAAUACAUCGGCAAUUUGGAAGAAGAGGAAAUUAAGACUGCUUAAAUAUAAUGUGACAGUAUUAAAAUCGCUAGAGGACAGUUUACGUCAUAUCAGUAGAAUCGGGUGUAUCGAGGGCCAGUUAUAUUAAUAAGGCGAUUGGAAUAUUACAAUUUUUAACAUCUAUGUACUCACGUCAUGCAGUGUAGUCUGCGUUAGGUAUUAUGGGAAAUGUAAAAGACUGUAUUGAUACGAUUUAUUGGGAAUCUGGAAAUAAGCUCAUUUAAAUCAGCAUUUUAAUUAAACAAGUCAUUUUAAAAAAACAUGGGCAGAAUAUAUUGCAUAUUUAUACAUUAUUACAGUAGUGUUUGGAUAGGUAAAGAAAGAAUACAUCGGUUCUGUAUGUAACCCGUAACAAGAAUAGUGCCUUUCCAGAGAGGAAUGUAGUUGUAGGUUUAUCUCGUAUAUUUGUACUAUAUUCAAGUGUAUUUUUUUUUUCAUUUGCAUAAUGGCAAAGGAAAAAAAUUUACAUAAUUAUUAUUCUUUAUAUUUCUUAGAUCAAUACACCUUUUCACAUAUGUACUGUACCCAUUGAUAACUAUGUUUUUAAAUGCAUACUAAGGAAAGUAACUAAGUUUGAAUUGUGCACCCUUGAACUCCGUUUAUAGCUAUAAAAUGUAGAUAGAAUAAUUGAUUAGAUUGUAAGUCAUUUUUAUUGUAUAGAUUUUGGUAUUUAAAAAAUAAAAAAUCAUGAAAUUUA